AUGGCGCGCUCAAAGCAACCCUCUACUCCUGCGACCACCCGCCGUACGACCCGUGCCCGCUCUAAUCAGCCUGGAUCAAAUGCCUCUCCACUGCUUGAUAGCAACGAUCUGGAUAAGCUCCUGUCCAAGAGAUCUUCUGCUCGCUCUAAGUCAAGUGUGACGGGUGCUAAUGUCACCAAAAAGCCUCCAGCCAAGCGCGGAAGACGCAGAGUACGACCAAAAGCCCUGGAUUUCUCGGAAAUUCCUGAGGACGUCGAUGCUGAAGCUCAUGCUGAGGCCGAAGAUGACAUCAUGGCCGAUGAGCAACUUAAGCAAGAGAUCAAGCAGUCAAUUGAAGCGACCGAAUCCCAAACCCAGGGCCAUGAAGAGCUCGAGAAUGCCGGUGGUUCUGUAACCCAGUCUCAAACCCAGUUUGCCCUCAAGACUCAGUCCCCUGAAGUCGAGAUGAGCGAUGAUGGAGUUGCCAACCAGCUGCCACAGAAUGUCGAAGACGCUGAACAGCACAAUGAUCGGACUCAGCAAUCUCGUGACACCGAAUCAUCCGAAGAUGAAGAUGGCCCCAUCUUGAUCCAUGGAAAACCCAUACAAUUCUCAGAAGACACCAUAACCGAUAUGUUACCAAACGGCGAGCUACGUGACUACGAAGAUGUCAAGGGAGUGUCUGAUGACGAAGAUCCUAGUAAGAUCCCCGCCUGGAAAAACCCUUAUGGGACUUCUCGUACACCGACUCCUGAACCUAUUGAAGCUGGGGAAGAGUUUACGUUCGCCUGGAAUGACAAUCACGAUGACGAUAAUGCGUCGAAUUUCAUGAACGAAGGUCCUGACAAGAUCCCCGCCUGGGAAGACCCUCGUGAGACAAGUCGUUCACCACCUCCUGAACCCGUUGAAGCUAGGAGAGAGUUUACAUUCGCCUGGACUGACAAUCGCAAUGACGAUAAUGCGUCGGAUUCCUCGGACGAAGGUUCUGCUAAGAGCUCGGCCUGGACUGACAGCGACAAUGACGAUGAUGUCAUGGACGAAGGUCCUGAUAACCCCGCCUGGGAACACUCUCAUGAGAUACGUCGCUCACUGCCUCCUGAACCCGUUCCAGCUAGGGGAGGGUUUAC